GUAUUUCUGAGGCUUUGUCGUUUCUUAUCGCUGAAAACAGUACUUUUAGUUCGUUAUUUUAACUUCAAUCCGCCCAUGUCCACCAGAGGGAGGGGGUGAGAUCCACGAGCUAAAACCCGCUUCUGUGACACAACAGCCGGACGCCGGAAGUUUCCUCAACACCGGAACUCAUCAGCCAUUUCUAUUAUUAGAAGCUGCAUGAAAAGAUUGCAGACCAACACAUCCUUCUACGUUUCAAGGAUUUAAAUAAAAUAUCGUCGCAGGGUUAGAAGCCUUGCAGACAUGUCUGACUUCUUAGACAGCGAGGCUGAGGAGUCAGAGGAGGAAUUUGAGGAGAAAGACCUGAAGCCCAAAAAGACCCAGGCGUUUAUGGAUGAUGAGGAAGAGGAGGAAGAGUUAAACACAGAGGACCAGGAUGAGCACGGGAACCUGAGGGGGCUCAUCGAUGAUGAUGUGGAUGAAGAUGAAGAAGCGGAAGAAAAGAAGAGCGGAGGAGCGGGUAGCGGCAGCGACUCAGAGGAUGAAGUCAGACACAGGCGCAAAAAACGCAACUAUGAUGACUACCUGGAUGAUGAUGACCUGGACCUCAUUGAGGAGAACUUGGGGGUCAAAGUCAAGAGGAGGAAGAAGAAGUAUGACCGCGUGAAGCUGAUGGAUGAUGAUGAAGAUGACGAAAAGGACCAGAUUGCAGACGAGAUCUUCCACGGAGGAGACGGAGAAGGGGAGCUGGAGGAGGGAGAGACCGUCGACCCGCCCCUCCAUCGCCAUGGUGAACGCCACGAUGAAGAGGAGGAAGAGGAAGGAGAGGAGGAGUCAGAUAUUGACGACUUUAUUGUGGACGACGAUGGCCAGCCCAUCACAAAGAAGAGAGGCAAGUUCUCAGGAUACACGGACGCAGCCCUCCAGGAGGCCCAGGAGAUCUUCGGCGGUGACUUUGAUUUUGCAGAGUUUGAUGCUGACGGAGCAUAUGACCAGGGUGAGGAAGAGGAGGAGGACCAGGACGAAGAGGCCUGGGACCAGCCCAAGAAGCAGACGAAGAGGAGAGUGGGGAGGAAGAGCAUCUUCGAGAUCUAUGAGCCCAGCGAGCUGGAGAGUAGUCACAUGACAGACCAGGACAACGAGAUCCGCUCCACAGACAUGCCAGAGAGGUUCCAGCUGCGCUCCAUCCCAGUGAAGCCUGCUGAGGAUAAUGAGUUAGAGGAAGAGGCAGAGUGGAUCUACAGAAAUGCCUUCUCAACCCCCACCAUCUCCAUGCAGGAGAGUACAGACUACCUGGACAGAGGGACCACCACAAACCUCAGCAGGAAAGGCCCCAGCACCAUCGCUAAGAUCAAGGAGGCCCUCAACUUCAUGAGGAACCAGCACUUUGAGGUUCCGUUCAUCGCAUUCUACAGGAAGGAGUAUGUAGAACCGGAGCUCAACAUCAACGACCUGUGGAAGGUUUGGCAAUGGGACGAGAAGUGGUGCCAGCUGAAGAGCAGGAAGCAGAACCUGACACGACUGUUCCGGAGGAUGCAGUCGCACCAGUAUGAACAGAUCUCUGCCGACCCUGACAAACCCCUGGUUGAUGGCAUCAGACCCCUGGACACGGCUGAUAUGGAGAGACUGAAAGACGUCCAGUCCAUAGAUGAGCUGAGUGAUGUGUACAGCCACUUCCUGCUGUACUACGGCAGAGACAUCCCCAAGAUGCAAAACACAGCCAAGGCCGCCAGUAAGAAGAAGACGCUGAGGAAGAUCAAGGAGGUUAACGAGGACGGUGAGGAGGAAGAGGUGGAGGUGGAGGAGGAGGAAGAGCAGAAGGGGCCAGACCUGAAGCUGGCAUCUCGUAGAGACAUGUACAGCAUCUGUCAGAGCGCAGGGCUCGACGGCCUGGCUAAGAAGUUUGGUCUGACUCCAGAGCAGUUUGGGGAGAAUCUAAGAGACAGCUACCAGCGCCACGAGACAGAGCAGUUCCCUGCUGAGCCUGUAGAGCUGGCCAAAGACUAUGUCUGCAGCCAGUUUAACAGUCCUGAGGCGGUGUUGGAGGGGACUCGUUAUAUGGUGGCCAUGCAGAUUUCCAGGGAGCCUCUGGUCAGACACGUCCUCAGACAAACCUUCCAGGAGAGAGCCAAGAUCAAUAUCAAUCCCACCAAGAAAGGAAAGAAGGAUAUGGAUGAGGCCCAUUUUGGCUACUCCUUCAAGUACCUGAAAAACAAGCCAGUGAAGGAGCUGAACGGAGAACAUUUUUUAAAGAUGUGCCAGGCUGAGGAGGAGGGACUUCUCACCAUUGACAUCUGCAUCGACCUCCUAGGGGUCAAAGGGUUUGCAGGUGACCAGACGUACUUUGAUGAGAUCAAGCAGUUUUACUACAGAGAUGAGUUCAGCCACCAGGUGCAGGAGUGGAACAGACAGAGGACCCUGGCCAUCGAACGCUCCCUCACACAGUUCCUCUACCCUCAGAUGGCCAAGGAACUCAAGAACAAACUCAUCGCAGAGGCCAAGGACAACAUCAUCAAGUCGUGUUGCAGGAGGCUGUAUAACUGGCUGAAGGUGGCUCCCUACAGACCAGACCAGCAGCAGGCGGAGGAGGAGGAUGAUGAUCUGAUGGAUGAGAGUCAAGGAAAAGGCAUCAGAGUCCUGGGAGUGGCCUUUGCAGACAGCAGAGACACGCCAGUGUUCUGUUCUCUGAUCAACGGAGAGGGAGAGGUGGUGGACUUCCUCCGUCUGCCUUACUUCCUGAAGAGGAGGAAUGCAUGGAGGGAGGACGAUAGGGACAAAAAGCUCCAGGACAUUGAGAACCUAAAGAAGUUCCUGAUCAGUAAGAAGCCUCACGUGGUGGCUGUUGCCGGGGAGAAUAGUGUUUGUUGCGUGUAUGUGUGUAGAGAUGCCCACAUGAUAAUGGAGGACAUUAAGAGAACAGUGAGUGAGUUGGAGCAGGAGUCUUCUCUGCCUGCUGUGGGAGUGGAGCUGGUGGACAACGAACUGGCCAUGCUUUACAUGAACAGCACGAAGUCUCAGACUGACUUCAGGGACUACCCUCCGCUGCUGCGCCAGGCCGUGUCCGUAGCCAGGAAGAUUCAGGAUCCCAUGGUGGAGUACGCGCAGGUCUGCAGCACAGACGAAGACAUCCUCUGCCUCAAACUACACCCUCUUCAGGAGCAUGUAGUAAAGGAGGACCUGCUGAAUGCUCUGUACUGUGAGUUUAUAAACCGGGUCAACGAGGUGGGGGUGGAUGUGAACAGGGCCAUAUCUCACCCCUACACACAGAGCCUGGUCCAGUUCGUCUGUGGCCUCGGACAAAGGAAGGGAUCGCACCUGCUCAAGAUCCUAAAACAGAACAACACUCGUUUGGAGAACAGGACUCAGCUGGUCACCAUGUGUCACAUGGGCCCCAAGGUCUUCAUCAACUGUGCUGGUUUCAUCAAGAUAGACACCGCAUCGCUCGGAGACAGUACGGAGUCAUACAUCGAGGUUCUGGACGGGUCCAGGGUACACCCGGAGACGUAUGAGUGGGCCAGAAAGAUGGCGGUGGACGCUCUGGAAUACGACGAGUCCGCGGAGGACGCCAACCCGGCCGGUGCGCUAGAGGAAAUCCUGGAAAACCCGGAGCGACUCAAAGACCUGGAUCUUGAUGCCUUCGCUGAGGAGCUGGAGAGACAGGGUUACGGUAACAAGGGCAUAACGCUGUAUGAUAUCCGUGCUGAGUUGAGCUGCAGGUAUAAGGACCUGAGAGUUCCCUACAGAGCUCCUAACACCGAGGAGGUGUUUAACCUGCUCACCAAGGAGACACCUGAGACCUUCUAUAUAGGUAAGCUGAUCACCAGUGUCGUGACAGGCAUUGCUCACCGGCGCCCACAAGGGGAGAGUUAUGACCAGGCCAUCAGGAACGACUCUACCGGGCUGUGGCAGUGCCCCUUCUGUCAACAGGACAACUUCCCUGAACUCAGUGAGGUGUGGAACCAUUUUGACAGUGGAUCAUGUCCGGGCCAGGCCAUCGGUGUGAGGUCUCGAAUGGACAACGGUGUCCAGGGCUUCAUCCCCACCAAGUUCCUCAGUGACAAGGUGGUCAAGCACCCUGAGGAGAGAGUCAAGGUGGGUAUGACCGUACACUGUCGCAUCAUGAAGAUUGACAUUGAGAAGUUCAACGUGGACCUGACGUGUCGUACGUCUGACCUGAUGGAUAAGAACAACGAGUGGAAGCUUCCUAAGGACACCUACUACGACUUUGACACAGAGACAGAAGACACUAAGGCAGAGGAGGAACUCAAGAAGAAACAGCAGAGAACCACCUAUAUAAAGCGUGUGAUCGCCCAUCCAUCGUUUCACAACAUCAACUUCAAGCAGGCCGAGAAGAUGAUGGAGUCCAUGGACCAGGGAGAUGUUGUAAUCAGGCCCAGCAGCAAGGGAGAGAACCACCUCACUGUCACAUGGAAGGUGGCUGAUGGUAUCUACCAGCAUGUGGAUGUGAGAGAGGAGGGCAAGGAGAACGCCUUCAGCCUGGGACACACACUCUGGAUCUAUACAGAGGAGUUUGAGGAUCUUGAUGAGAUCACAGCUCGUUAUAUUCAGCCAAUGGCAGCGUUUGCUCGCGACCUCCUGGGACAUAAGUACUUCCAGGACUGUAACGGAGGGGACAAGAAGAAAAUGGAGGAGUUGUUGAUUAGGUGUAAAAAGGAAAAGCCUGCGUUCAUCCCCUAUUUUGUCUCAGCCUGUAAAGACCUGCCAGGGAAGUUCAUACUGGGGUACCAACCUCGCGGAAAACCACGUGUUGAGUUUGUGACCAUCAGUCCUGACGGGUUCCGCUACCGUUCCCAGAUGUUCCCCACAGUUAACGGACUGUUCCGCUGGUUCAAAGACCACUUCCAGGAACCGGUACCAGGCAUCACCCCCAGCAGUAGUAGUCGAACACGGACACCUGCUUCUGUCAACGCUACACCAGCUAACAUCAACAUCGCAGACCUGACGCGAGCUGUCAACGCUCUCCCGCGGAACAUGACCUCUCAGAUGUUCAGUGCCAUCGCCGCGGUGACAGGGCAGGGCCAGAAUGCCAACACCACACCCGCCCAGUGGGGCUCCAGCCAAUACGGUUACACCGGGGGCAGCAGUGGGGGUGGGGGAGGCAACUCCUCAGCCUAUCACGUAUUUGCAACGCCCCAGCAGCCAAUGUCGACGCCCAUGAUGACCCCCAGCUACUCAUACACCACCCCCAGCCAGCAAACCAUGGGUACGCCCCAGUACCCCUCCUCCACCCCCUUGUCCUCCCACGGACACACACAGAGCAGCCAAGGGCAGGGCCACAGCAGCAGCAACAGUCACCAUGGACACUCGUCCAACACACCUUCCUCCUCCUCCACCUCUUCCAGAGGACGCACGCCACAGCAGCCUAAGUCGAGCGGCAGCACGGCAGUGGACUGGGCCAAGAUGGCGGAGCAGUGGCUCCAGGACAAGGAGGCGGAGAGGAAGAAGCAGAAGAACCCCAGGAUGACCCCACGGCCUACACCCAGCCCCAUGAUCGAGAGCACCCCAAUGUCCAUCGCUGGAGACGCAACACCCCUUCUGGACGAGAUGGACAGAUAGAACGGGCUGGUGGGGGUGGGGCUACUAUAUCCCCCCCCUUAUCCCACUCCUUCCGAAUAUACCACUCGCUCUCAUCAACUCAUCCAUCCGUACGCCUGCCCCUUCAAAAUGGACCCAUUCCUUUCAGAUUCAGAGCCUCCUUAGCUUCCUCUCCUCCUAGCCCACUAGCUAACCCUCCAUACCCACUUCUUGUGCCCAUUGGAAUCCGUUUCUAGCUACUGUGUAUCUAGCCAUGAUUUUCUCCCGGCACAUCUCUUCUUCAGUCUAUCACUCACUCUUUUUUUGCCAGCCACAUCAUCCAGUAUUUUAUUUAGUAAGGAUAUUACCACUGUCAGGCAGGCAGAGUGUCGACACCAACCACUUUAAAUAAACUGCUGACAGAUGGAGUUAUAGGACGUGGACCUAAUGGAGAAAUUGUUUGUUGUGAGACAACCUUUCUCCUUUUCUUUUCCUUUUAAUAACAUGCGAUAGGGUAUGCUGUGCUUCAAAGUUUAGGGGAUGCUGACGAAAGGGUCCGAUCGGUUGGCGGGUUGUUGUGUAACGUUCCUUUGGCUGUGUAGACCCGCCCCUUGCCACCCUGGUGAUCAGUGGGUUGUGGCGAGAGGCAGCCGAACGAGCAUUUCGAGGGGCCAGUCAGGAAGCUUGUCUGCGUUUUUGUAUUGAUGCAUCGGAACUAAUAAAGACGCUGUUUUCAGUAUGAACCCUAACUCUGGACUGUUCACAUUGUCUGUCAAACCAAUGCUUAUGCAUAUGAGUCUGGUAUUGAUCCCCCCAAAAAUUUGCUAUUGAAUAUUAAGAGCUUUGUCCUUAUUUCAACUAAUAUGUGGUGAAUUAAACCUUGUGAUGAUAGGAAUGAUUGAAACGUGAGAAACAUAACCAUGUCCUCUUCCAUCCAAACCCUACUGGUUAGUCAUUGUUGCAUUCAUUAACAAAGACCGACGGACACAGGGAUAUGUGGAUGUAACAUGGUUUACUAGUAUGUCUCUCUUUUGAUCUGUCUCUUUGGGAGACCAGAGAGAGAUACUAGGCUUUGUUCUUGUUUCUUAUUCUAACCAUGAAAAUAGUACUAAUGGUAACCAUGGUAACUGAUACCAUGACGACACCACAAACGAAAGGAAGUAAUGAUUGACGUAAACCAUUGACGUAAACAGCUGACAAGACAGUAGACUCUGUGGGUAGGGACUAGGUUUCACCGUUGAACUUUUUGUUUUGCUGUGAACUUUUUUAGAUCUUGAUUGCUUCAAAUACUUUAUCGUUGUCUUUAAAUCAUCAUAUGAGCAUUUAAGCCUCUUGGGUAUUCGGGCGUUUACAUCUAUCCCUUUUUCAUAUCGUCCCUAGCCACUUCCCCCAACUCCGCACCCUUAAAAUCCACUCUUUGAAGCAUGUCUACAAUUUAUCUUUUUAACAUCAGAACUUAAACCCUAACCUUAACCACACUGCUAACCUUAUUACUAAGCCUAACCUUAACCACACUGCUAACCUUAUUACUAAGCCUAACCUUAACCACACUGCUAACCUUAUUACUAAGCCUAACCUUAAGUUAAGACCCAGCCAAUGUUGACUUUGUGGCUGUGGUAACUAGUGACAACCUGCGUGUUGUUGCUUUCAUCUUCGCCGUCAUUGUUUUGGUCAUUGGACUAUUGGCUGUAGUCAUUAUCCAAUCGCGUCGUAGCACUGCUCAUACUACAAGAUGCACUUCCAAAUUUUCGCAAGCAAUACAAUGAUCAUGACGUCCGACGGGUCUGGAGAACGGAAUAGCCAUCAACUGGGCCUCCUUCAUUCAUCUGGGACGACAAUAACGAGGCGCAAUAGUUUCGUGUAUGCCUUGCAUAAGUGACACUACCUAGUGUCACACAAAAACACAUCUAUUGCAUUCUGGGGAUGUUUUUUUGUUGACUAUUUGCUCUGUCUGUAUACAGUUGAUUGAGUCGCUGAUAUACUGUACAGUUGCGGGCUUCAUUUGUGGAUGUGCGAUGUUAUACAAGGAUUUACUCACAGGAACAAAGCAUGUUCCACGGAGAAUCCUCAUUUUAUAAAUGCUCAGGCUAAUAAUUGCAAAUGAGGACUAGUUCUCAAUCAAACUGAUGGGGAAAACAAUGGCUUUAGUCUAGGAGUAUAGGUUUUAUCUAUAGGACUGGGAAACUGGUCCCACGUUUCUAUUUGCAAUAUUACUUGCUGUACCAUCAGUAAGCCUGUGGUUGUUGACAGUGGGAGGAGAGAAAGGAGGGAUUUUGUCUCUGGUAUUAAUUACACUGCUGAUAACCUUUUCAAACCCUUUUAAUAAAGUAUUUGUAUUAAAA